CCCUACUGAGAUGUGUCUAUGUGACUUGCUCUCAUAGCUGCUAAAGAGAGUCGCUUGAAGCUCCUUGUUAAGUUCUUUAGAAGAGACAUGGCACAAACUGGACUUACGAUUUUUCUACUCAUAAGCAUACUACUGCUGGAUCAGACCAUCAGCCACGCUUCCAAAUUCAAAGCCAGGAAGCACAGCAAACGUAGAGUGAAAGAAAAAGAUGACUUAAAGACCCAGAUUGACAAAUUGUGGCGAGAAGUAAAUGCUCUGAAAGAAAUGCAAGCACUUCAGACAGUCUGUCUUCGUGGGACAAAGGCCCAUAAGAAGUGCUACCUAUUAUCAGAAGGCACCAAACAUUUUCAUGAAGCCCAUGAAGACUGCAUAGCCAAGGGAGGGACACUGGCUAUCCCAAGGAAUAGUGAUGAAACAAACACUCUUCAAGAUUAUGCCAAGAAAAGUAUGCCUAGAGUGUCUGAGUUUUGGUUGGGAGUCACUGAUAUGAUAAACGAAGGGAAAUUUGUUGAUGUCAAUGGCAUGGCUCUACAGUACUUCAACUGGGAUCGUGCCCAACCGAAUGGGGGGAAGCGUGAAAACUGUGUCUUUUUUUCGCAGUCAUCACAAGGCAAGUGGGUGGAUGAAGUCUGCCGUACUGCCAAAAGAUAUAUUUGUGAAUUUCUGAUCCCGUAAUUACAUAUACAAAUAACCAUGUUUCAGGUUAUUAACGUGAAGGUUUGCUUGUUAGUAACCGCUCCCACUUAGACAGUGGCAAGUUAAAAAUCUCCAUCUCCUGCAUUGUACUCACUCUCUCCUGAAACACAAGGUUUUCUCUAUUAAUUUAUUUUCUAUUCAGAUGCUAAAAGUGUUAUGUUUAGUAAGUGCUCUCAUUAUGUACAGGUAUAUAUAUUAAGUUUUGAGCUACACUGUGUCAUAUUUGAGCAUAUAAUUUCAGCCUGAUGUUCGGGUUGCUGGAAUUCACCUGCUAUUUCUAUGCUUUGUAUUUCCAUGGAAGGAUAGUAUUUACUUGAACUCAGAACUCUAGUGAAUUUAUUGAAAGUUUACAAAAGAUGGCUGUUUCGUGACAUGUGCCAAUAAGGUGUAUGGAUCCUUUCAGUUCCAGUGUUUAAGAGGGACUCUGGGAUUAUGUGAGCUCCUGUGAAAAAUGACCAACAUCCUUGUAGAGUUUAACAGGGUGAAUCUGUGACCAGGAGUUUUACUUAUGUGUUAAGAAAGCCAAAUGAAACAGAAAAAUCUGUUAAUUUUUAAACUGCAUGGAGUUAAAAGUGACACGCUGCUAGAAAAUGGGGAAAGUAGCUGUUCUAAAACAUCAGUUAGUCUAAACGUGUUUGCUUCUAAAUGUCUCAAUUAUGGUUAAAUAUUAGAUGAUGUCAUGUGGAACAUUCCCACUGAAGAAACCAGCCUGGGACUACAUCAUACCUCUACCAUGUAAUGCUUUCAUAAGAUGCGCAAAAGCCUUCUCUCCUGCAGGAUCAGAAAGAGGCUUUAUAAUUCAGACAUAACACUGCCUGAAAACACAACUAGAGAGGAAGGAUCCCCUUUCUGAGCACAACAUCUCUGCUCACUCGCCUCUCUACAUGGCAGGCAGCACAGCCAAAAGGCACAAAAGAGUGGGGCCAAACUGCAGCUCAUUUGGCUGAUUCAACACCUGACAUUUGUAAAAGUAAAAUGUGCUUGUUAUUUUUUGCUGUUCUUAACCUCACAAUAGAUUUGCCUUUAUGUUAUAAAUUGCAGUUUCUCUCUUGUAUAAAGGAAUUUCAUUUAAAUAUUUAAAUAUAUUGCUGCUUGGAGGCUAAUUCCUACUUUUUAUCUUUUAGUUGUGCAAGAUUUUCUUAAAUUAUGCAAUAAAUCUGUGAUUACUGGUAUUUAACUCUAGUAAUAUUUUUCACAGCUUAUGCAUCCAUGUGAAGACCACUUUUUCCUAGAACUUUUCUUGAGGGUUCAAAAAGGAUACUGUCUUUGGGCACAUUAUACUAUACUUUUUUUUUUUUUUUUUUACUAGGGUACCUACAUAUCACAGGACAAAAUUUGGAUCCCUGCAUGCCUAAAUGCUACAUGAGAUGCAACAGUUCAACACAUCACUAAUGUGUCAUAAAUAAUUUCAUUUCG